AUGUUCUACUCUAGAGAACUCCUUGCUCGCAAAGCUUCUCUUGGCCAAAUAUGGUUGCUUGGAACUAAGCAGUCGAAGCUCGACCGAAGGAAGGCUAGCAAGCUCGACGUAGCUCAGCUCUGCGAAGAGAUUCUAUAUCCUCCGGUUCCUAUAGCUCUUCGACUCUCCAGCAUUCUCAUGGGUGGAGUUGUAAUUCUCUAUGAGAAAAAAGUGAUGCUCCUUCAUGAUGAUGCUAAUCGGCUUCUGGUUGAACUAAGAAAUGCAUGGAAGGUGAUGGACGAGCCAACUCUACUUCCCAAAACAAGAACAAAAGCCGGGAGAAAAACCAUUACUCUACCUGAAAAUGAAGACACUAAUGUUGGAGAACCUGAAGAUGAAGAAACCUCCAUGCGGUUUCAACAGAACAAUCAUAACAUGCGACUUGACCAAGUUGAUGAAUACUAUUUUUUCAAUGAUCCCAUGGAGGAUAAUCUCAACCAUGACCACCAUCAAGCUGAUGAUAACGACAUCACCUUAUUCGAUUCAUUUCAGCCUAAUACACACAUUCAUGAUCAAUUUGAAAGAUUUGAAGAAGGUGACGGGGAGACGCAACUGAACGUCACUUUAGAGGAGUACAUAGAGAUUCCAACGACUCCCGUCCCUUCUCCAGCCCAGCAAGAUGGGCCUCAAAGAGCUGAAGAAACCCAAGAGCAGCAUCUAGAGAACCAAUUGGAUCAACAACUUAAUAAAAACCAAGAAGCCAGAGACCAACAGAGGCCAGGGCCAGUAAGACGAAAAGCGAGAAAAGCCAAAGGAAUUGCCAUAGAUGAGGAACAAAUUACACUUCCGAACCAUGUGUACCUAUCCUGGCUUCAUGACACUUCAGAUAUUGUAUCAAGACGAGGGAGGAAAAGGAGGCGCACAAAUAUCCUGUCUACUUUGAAGAUAGCUGAGCUCAUGGAGCUCCCAUCUACUGUACUAAUGGAUGAUACGUUUGCGAAAGGAAAUCAAGACAUCCCUUACCCAGCACCACUGUUGGAUCUCUGGAAGAAAAGCACUCAACCUCACAAUGACUCACCCUCCGUGAGGACCUUACAACCACGACCACCAGAAUCAUCUCCACCGGAUAGAGUGCAGUAUGAUAAUCCAAUGGAUUAUCCUUUUGAAGAUCUUCACAGUGGAGUUGGUUCCCCUUCUUAUGCUGCUACCAUAGAGUUACAGCGAACGAGCAUGGUAAAUAAGGUGACACCAUUGGAGACCAAUCAGUUUGUCACCCCUGGAAAUUCUGGAGAUGCAGCAAGAUACACCGGAAGCUCGGUAUCUGGAGAUGGAAUCCCCACAAAUAACUUAGAUGUGAAUAUUGGAAGGAUUGGGUCCAAGAAGAAUAUUGUGCCAUCGACUUCGAAGAACAGUACUGGCAGCCUUGACCCUGUGGUUGAAGUGUUUCGGGAAGCUGAUAUUGACUACAAGUUAUCAAGUCCAGGACCAAAAAACCUGACACCUGAUCAAAGUAGAAGAACUCAUCGACUUCUAUUUUGCCAUAACAUCUGCAUAAUCAGUACUGGAAUUUGCUUCUUCUAUAUAUAUAUAUUUUUUUCAGAUUUAUUGGUGGAAACCCAACUUACAAUGGAAGUUCCGGCGAAUGAUCCUCCUGACAUAAUGACUGAGAACAUCAGGAAGUAUUUGUAUAUGAAAGCACAUUUUGAAACCCCAGGAGCCCCUCAAGUAGAAUCCCUGAACAACUUAGCAGCUGGACUGACUCGAAAAGGAGCAGCUCAGCUCUUCUAUCAGACUUGUGUUCUUACUUCUCAAGGUCUCUUAAAAGUGGAACAAAAGGACGCCUUUGGAGACAUUCUCAUCUCUAAAGGACCAAAGAUGUGACACUACAAAAGGUAAGUUAACUGCUGGUUUCGAAAGGAAAAGGAUUAAUUGGUUAGUUGCUCUUCUCUUUCCUUUUCCUGUGAA